CAUGCGAUGUGGUAAUGGCACCUAACCCCCUGAGUUCGUAACUUUCCCAAUUCAACGAAAAUUAACGCGAGGAAACGGGGAAAAUAUCCCCCUAAAUUGUACGAAACCAAGGCCGUUGGCUCCAUGUAUUAAGGAGGAUUGUUGUGCGUGAAGAAAGUUUUUAAGACGCUGGUCCUUAAGCCCUCAGGGUUCAUUGCGGAAUCAUGGGUUUGGGACUAUUAGUUCUCGUAGUUUGCCUUGUUCCCAUGACGACGGCUAGAGACUUGCGAGGCGCUGUGAACAAGCGAACUGCACCAGACCCACUAUUAGUGGAGAUAUUCAACGACCCGACGGCGACUAGUUUGACGAAACAACACCUAGACGACUCUGACGAUAACUCGGGCUCGGGACUAUGGACAAGCUCGGGCGACCUCCCGAAGUCCACCGACGACAAAUCGAUUAGUACCCCUAAGGGCCCACCUAGCGGGGAUACCGCUACUGCGGUGGAGCUAGCGACAAAUACGCCUGUUGUUGGCGAGGCGGAUGUUACCCCGCAAAAGACGCAAACCACUGCGGCAUUAACGCAAACGCAAGACGCCACGACGCAAACGCAACCAGAAGCCGCGGCGUUAACGCAAACGCAAGACGCCACGACGCAAACGCAACAAGACGCCGCGGCGCUGACACAAACGCAAGACGCCACGACGCAAACGCAACAAGACGCCGCGGCGUUAACGCAAACGCAAGACGCCACGACGCAAACGCAACAAGACGCCGCGGCGCUAACACAAACGCAAGACGCCACGACGCAAACGCAACAAGAUGCCGCGGCGCUAACACAAACGCAAGACGCCGUGACGCAAACGCAACAAGACGCCGCGGCGCUUACACAAACGCAAGACGCCACUGCGCAGACGCAACAAGACUUAGCGGCGCAAACGCAACUACAAAAUACCGCAGCGCUCGUACAAACGCCAGCGCAAACGGAACAAACUACGACGGAGACAAAGGAUGACAGCGUUACAGAUGUAAAUACCAAGAAAUCCGCAAUUCUGCCGGAGAGUUCACAAGCGGUUACGGACCAAGUUGAAGAGAAUGACAGUUCUGUUCGCGAUUCCAUAGCGGCGCCGAAACCCAAGAGCUUUAACGACGCAUCACUUUACGACGCGGAUAUUGUCAAGAAAACUAGCGUACCAAGACCUGAUGACGUCACAGCAAUGGGCAAAAAGAGCGUCGUACCCCCCGUCCAAGCACAGGACCCCCAGUUCCAGCUAUCGUUCAUGCAGCCUUCAAUGGAUUCAAUGCAGAAUAACCAACUUACACAACAGCUUUCCCAGGCCCCCAUUGCGGCACCAUUCGCAACACAGGCGGACCAACAACCCCAGGCUGAUGCUUCCCAGGCUGCCGCAUUAAACAUACCACAGGCCCCGGCCAUGGCGUAUCCAAGCGAGGCUUCGCAGCUCGACGCCAGUCAGUUCCAGGCUUAUCAGAGCCCGCAAGCUAAUUUGCCGGUCUAUCCAGCGUCCAACCAGUAUAUGAAUCCAAAUGCUGGGCAGCAGAUAGAUCCUUCUACCGGGUUCCCCGUGGCUGGCAUGCAGUCCGUCCCAGUUUUCCAAGGGCUGAAAGCCAAGAAAAUACAGAUUAAGGAAGAUGAAUGCGAGGACAUGUAUGACUCAUGUCCGGACAUGGCCAAGAACAUGUACUGUCAGAACUUCGCCGAGCUCAUGCACGUGCAGUGCAAAAAGUCAUGUCACUUCUGCAAAGUCAAAGACGAGUCUUCCGGUCUUGAAGCUAGUGGUCUUGACGAGACUUCCGGUGACGCUGUCAGUUCCGGCUCAACAGAACAUGCAGACUAUAACGUGAAGCCUAUCUGGAAGAAAUCCCAUAUCGCCGCUAGUGGUGAGGCUGCUUCCGGCGGAAGUGCCGUCAGUGAUGUUUGGUCUUCUUCCGCUUCCGGUGCAAAUAUGAUCCAGGGCGAGCCUGCUGAACAUCUUGCCGAGGCUACUGCCGCACCAAUCACAAAGAAGGACGAGAUUGCUGAGCCCGCAGUGCCUGACUCUGCUGAGUCUGGCUCUGGUCAGCAGCCCUCUUCUGCUUCGGAAGACUUCGAGUCUGGAUCCGGCGCUAACUUGGCAGAAGAUCUCGCGACCGGGACUGUAAGCAAGGUGAAAGAGACACCACAAGUACCUGAAAUACCCAAAGCCAAGUACAGCGAGAUCCCCAAGCCCAUCUACAACGCACCGGGUGCUCAAGUCUUCCCCAGGAUUGACCUGAAAGAGAUCGCUACCGCCGUCAACGCAUACAAGAAGACUGCUCUUAGGAUGCUUGGUGAGGCCAUCAGAGAUGCGGCCCAGGAGGCCGAAGACGAGGCUACCAAGCGUACCAUGAUCCCCAUGCCUCCCGCCACGGAGCUGCUGGAGAAGAUGGGAUUCCCAAUGGAGGAACCCAAGAGCGAGGUGCCUGAACCCGAUCCCGAGCAGCAGGAAGCUUACCUUCAGCAACAGCAGCAACAGGCCGAGCAACAGCAGCAACAGCAACAGAAUGUUGCCAAAUCCAAGGUCGAGCAGCCACCAGAACCCGACCCAGAGGCCGAGGGCUCAGCUGAGGAGUCAAAGGAGAAGAAAUCCGACAUCAUCGAUCCAUUCCAGUACCUGCACAACAUGCCCGAGGGUGCUAGUAUGCAACCCAUUGUGGCCAGACCUCUGGCCUCUCUCUCCGGCGCCAGCCACUCUAGCCCUCUCAUCCUCUUCAAGAACUCACAGAUAUCUAAUGCGGCGGCCAUGAAGAAGAACUCCAUCCCUAAACCAAAGAAGGCUCCUUUUAUACCCGCGGCACCACAGGUAGCCCAAGCAAAGUCAGAUGUCCCUUUCAGCGACCCGUUCUCUCAGCUAGCUGCUCUUGGUGGAAGCGAGGCUGACAAUUCUCAGGCCUACCAGCAAAGCAUGCCGGAUGAUCUUACUGGCGCCUCGGACAUCAAUGAUGAUCUGACAAAGAGCGACAAGUCAAGCCAAUAUCAGCCCGACCAGCAAAACGACAUCACAAAUGAUCAGACAAACGGAGAGGGUCUUGCCAGAUUCUUCGACGAUCAGCCCAGCAAACUUUCAAAUGCACCAGGGCCUUCAACCACCAUUGAAGGAAAAGAACAGGGAUCCGAUCUCGUCUCAGAAAGCGCCGCAUCUGAAGAAACAAGUCAAGACAGGGGCGGCUCGUUUUUCGAUAACGCCGUCACAGGCCGCGAUCCUGAUGCUGACUAUCAACACGACGCUGACGAUCUGACCGCGGGCUCUCUAUCAUCGCGGUACUCCAUGGGGCGGUUACCAAGCACAGUACAGGCGAAAUUGACACCGGAAGUUGAGAUAUCCGGGAAGAUCCCAAAGAAGAGUGAUGUUGCCAAGAACAAAGAUAAAACAGAAGGCGGUAAUCCACAAACGGACGGGACUCCAUCAUUUGGAAUUGCCGCUGACCAGUCUUCGUCGUCAUACUUGCCGCCCUUGAACCAAGCAAACCCUUUAACGCAACAAGCCGGCGUCGCAAGUCAGCCCCUUGUGAAUUAUCGGAAUGGAAAUUCGCCUUCAAAUCAGGGUGAUGAAAAUGCCGGAAGUCUACCCCCGUUGAACCAUGAAGUUGAAAAUGCCGGGAAUCUACCCCCGUUGAAUCACGGGAUUGAAAAUGCUGGAAAUCUACCUCUAUUGAAUCAAGGGAUGGAAUUACCCCUCCUAAACCAGGGAAACGCUGCUGCUGCAAAUCUACCCCCUUUGAAUCAUGGGAUAGAGUCGUCCUUACUGCCCCCGUUGAAUCACGGAAAGGAUAACUCGGCUAAUUUACCACCUUUGAUUUAUAAUAAUAUCGAGACUCUCCCCCAAUUGCACCAUGGGACGGAGGGAGCGGCUAAUCUUCCUCCAUUACUAAAAGGCGUCGAGCAAGCGAGUACAACAAAGAAGCUUAACAAUGGUAAGGGUUUACCGCAGAGUUCCCCAGAAAUGCCUUCACUUGUACCUUCCAGCGAAAUCGCUGCCAACUCUCCGUUGAUUAAUUUUGCUAAUAGCCAAUCAUUUUACUACAAGCCGGACAACGCAAACGGAGAUAUGAGUUCCAACAAAGGAAACAGUAGAGGAGGAGAUUUGCUGAGCUUGGAAGCAAGUUUUCAGCGAGGAAAUAUUCUAAGAAGCCAAUCUACAAAUAGUCAAAACAAUACUACAUCAACUCCAGGAUUUUAUAAAAGCUAUAGUAACGCGGAGCAAACGAACUUAGCUUCUGUAUCCGCAGAGAAGGACAAAAGUAUGAAGUCGGCAACAAAUGGCCAAUUGCCGAAGUUUCAAAAUUAUGGUUACUCAGGCAGUAGUUCUACCGAUGGCAAUCAUGCCUCUAGCAACUACCAAAACUAUCAACCAAAUCAAUCAUCAUCAUUUAAUAGCCAACCAAGUAACUACCUUUCCAGUCAAACUGGCUCGACGAGAAGUCAAUCAGACCUAGGCUCGCCGCCUCUGAGCUACAAAUCCAGUCAAGCAGGCUACAACGCUGGCCAAUCUAGUGUGCCGUCAAGUAGAAAUCCGCCAGGCUCGUCGGGUUUGUUCAGGAGCCAAUCAGGUGCAAGCAACUCAGGCUACCAAUCACAGGGAAACAUCUACGCUGACCAACCAGGAGGAAGAAAAUCAUUCAUAGGUGAUCAAUUCAAAAACUUUCGUCCACCAAUGUUGCCCCCACUGGAGCAUGCGCAGUCCAAUCCUGAAAUGAACUUUUUCUUCUCCAACGGAGCCAACACGGAGGGUGCGCGGUAUAAGAUAACCGCUGACCAGAUGCAAAACAGCCUCGGUAAGACCAGCAGCAUGUUGCCGCCUCUGAAUCACGCGGAGCUCCCUCCACUUAACCACGCCGAACUGCCACCAAUGAAAUACAAUUCCGAAAAUUUCGACGGACCAGGAAGCACACCACCGAUUUAUCCCUACUCUAUCCCCCCAGAGGGCGGACAAGGCUACUUUGGCAACUCCCAAAAGAAAGACGAGGGUUUUGAUGAGGGCACCUUCGGACCGCCGCUAUUCCCACAAGGUGGCAACCCCUAUCCCCUCCCCCUCCCCCCAGAGGGAAGCCAACACGAUAAACCUAGCAGCCCGAGCAAGAAAAACUUGAUUCGACCCAAGCCAGAUCUUAAGUGUGGAAGCGGCUGGACUGGAGCGAUGGGAGACUUCGGCGCCUUCUGCUACAAGGUCGUCUUCGACAAGAGCAAUUGGGAUGACGCCCGCGCUAACUGCCAGUCAGCGGGCGGUGAUCUGUUCAGCGUAACAAAUGCGUACGAGCAGCGCUUUCUUGAAAACUUCACAAACAUCGAGUCGUGGCUUGGAUACCGUGACCAGAAGGCGGCGGGGACUUGGAGGUGGAGCGACGGAAGCAAGUCCGUGUACACUGACUGGGACAGCAGCGCCAAAGAUGACCAUGAUCUUGGCAUGGACUGCGUGGUCCUGGAUGCAGAAGAGGGCAAGUGGAGAGACUCGUCUUGUGCUGAGAAGAACUCCUUCCUCUGCAAGAGAGACGCCGACGAUUGCCCUUCUGGAUGGAAAAAGCUGACUUUGAAUAGCGUUCGUGGUUGCUACAAGUUUGUAGAGGAUAAGAAGUCGUGGGACGAGGCUAGCUCGGCCUGUCAGCUGGACGACGGGCGACUCGCUAGCAUCCUAUCAGAUGACGAACAGACCAUGAUAUCACAGGUGUACUCUAAGGCCGACAUGUGGAUCGGUUACAACGACAAAAACAGCGAGGGAGACUGGGUCUGGAGUGACCAGAUGACGUCAUCGUACACUAACUGGGAUGAGAGGUCGCCUAACAACGGCGGAGUGACAUGCGCAAUAGUGACCAAGAAGGGCAGGUGGCAUGACGAGCAAUGCCAAGCCAAGUACAGCUACAUCUGCAAAAAGCCAAGCCCUAAGAGUAAUAAGGAACUCCAAAAUGACGGCUUGUUGACACAGAAAGUCCAGGAUUUCAUCUCCAACAACACUCUUAUCCCGGACAUUGAUACCAGCAUCUCUAUCUUCGGCAAGUCUGCAGUGGCACCCAUGUACUUCUGGACCGCGCAGAAGAUCUACAACAACAAGAUUCAUGGAUCAAGUCCUAUCGCCUCCCACGGUCACAUCAAGGCAGUGGACGGCGGUCUCCAGCUCAAUGGCGUGGACUCUUGGCUCGACGCGGGCGAUUUUUACGGACAGUGCCUUGGAGACCCUGACCUGUGCAUCAAGGGAUUCUCUUUCGCAAUGCAGCUCAACUUUGACGAUGACGCCAAGAGUUACAAAGACAAGCGCUUAAUCCUCGACUCUGCAGGAGAUUCUCGUGGAGUUUCUGUCUACCUCCAAAACAACACCGUCAACUACAAGGUGGUGACAUCUACAAAGACCUGGAAGCUUUCAACAGAGCUCGCCACAAAUGAAUGGCAAGACCUCGUGUUUACGUGGAAAAAAGAAGAAGGACUUAUGCUCUACAUCAAUGGCGCCUUCCGGGACUCAAUGAAGGACGGUACCCCCACCGCUCCCGUCCCGAACAAGCAGGCAAGACUCACGAUUGGACGACAGAGCGGCAACGCACCGUACCGAUAUACCCGAAUGUACAUUAGUUCACUGUAUGCCUUCACAAGGUUCCUGGCGCCUGAAGAUGUCCCCUAUGUGUUUACUUAUGACGACACAGUAUCCGCAAGAUAUACCUGGCUUCUGCCAAAACUCCAAGAUGGCAAGAUUCCCGGUAGCCCGGAUAUCGAGGUUAAUGGACCUGUAAAGGCUGUAGAUGGCGGGGUACAUAUAGAUGGGAGCAAGGCGUACCUGAAGGUUGGGAACUUCAAUGGGCGGUGCGUCAGUGAUCCCAGCAAAUGCCCCAAGGGUCUCAGUAUCAGCACGAAACUCAAGUUCAACAGGAUUGUGCGUACGUACAAAGAGCCCCGUUACAUCAUGGACACUGGAGGCCACCUUAGCGGUGAUAAGGGGCUGGCAGCAUAUCUCGCCAAUGACAACUUGUACUUCACACUCGCAAUGAGCACAGCUGAGGACACGCUGCGAUGGACCGUCAGGACAUCUAUAUUCACCGUCAGAUGGCAGCGGGUGGUGCUGACUUGGGGUCUGGAAAAAGGCCUGUGGCUUUACAUUGACGGGCAAUUCCGUGCAUCGACUAAGACUCCGAAGACAGUCCCUCGGGAUGUCAUCGAUGAGAGCUCGGAGUUUAUCAUUGGUCGUAAGAACAUUGGAGAUGACAUGAAACCUGCUGAUUUCGCGAUCGGGUCGCUAGCGAUCUUCUCGCAGUUCUUGGACAAGAAGGCAGUCUCGAAGGUCUUUGGCGGAAAGAAGAUGCCGUACCCCGGCCUUAUACGUGAAAUAUGGAAAGAGCUUCCUGGAAAAGAACUCAGCAAACUUAAGACCGAUCCUUACUACCCCAACGACCCCUCCCUGGUAGAAAUCAUCGAGAAUUUUGAUGCUCCUUUCGACGUAGACAGCGACUACGGCAGUCGUGUCAAGGGCUACUUCGUGGCUCCAGAGACUGGUAACUAUACCUUCUAUUUGUCUGGCUCUAAAACCUCUGAGCUGUGGCUGAGCACAGGAGACAGUCAAAAGAACAUGAGCAACCUUAUCGCACUGACCGACGCCACCGGACACAACCAGUGGAACAAAUUUACUGCCCAGAUAUCCAAAAGCGUGAACCUCGAAGCAGGCAAAUACUAUUACAUCACCGCACUCGAGAAAGGAACCGAGUCCACCGACUCGCUCAGUGCCGGAAUACGACUGCCCAGCGGUCGAUUCAUGAGGCCUAUCUCAAAAGAAAAUCUUCAAUGGAGACUUCCAGGUGAUCCAUUUGCCGGUGUUAUCCGUGAAGUCUGGCAGGACAUUCCUGGGUACAAGAUAACGGACCUUACCUCCAACCCCAACUUCCCUAACAGCCCCUCUAGUAUAGAGGUCCUUGAUAAAUUUGACGCGCCCCAUAAUGUCGAUGACAAUUAUGGAACUAGGAUCAGAGGUUUCUUCAAGGCUCCAGAAACCGGCGCUUACAGGUUCUUCUUGGCAGCCGACACCACGGGGGAGCUGUGGCUAAGUGCAGACGAAACCGAGGCUAACCUUAAAAAGAUCGUCGACAUCGAUGGCUGGACCGACCACAAUGAGUGGCUCAAAUUCCCCGAGCAAAAGUCCGAGCAUGUAAAGCUGAAAAAAGGCCGAUACUACUACCUUGAGGUAUACCACAAGGCCGACAAGCUUGCCGACUGCGCGUCCGUAGCUGUCGAGUUCCCGAGCGGACAUUUUGAAGGACCAAUCAAGAGAGUCCAUUUGAGCUGGCGACUUCCAGAUGGUAAGACCGGCCCGGGACCUUCAACCGAAGAAGAAGCAAUACCCAAACCUGUUGGCUUGUUCCCGCUGACCAAGAGUUACGCGGGCAAAGAUGCCAGCGGUAAUAAUGAUGACAGUAUUCUUAGCAACGUCAAGCUUUCUGAUGGACCUGAUGGUUCACCAGGCGGCGCGUACGAGCUCGCCGGUACUGCCGACUCCUACAUCCAGAUCCCCAACAAGAGCGGCAAACUUGACACCAAGAACUCCGUCACCCUCCUUGCCAAUAUUUACCCCACCGGAUCCGGCGGUCCUAUCAUUAACUAUAAGUCAGACGGCUGGGGAGUUCACUUGUGGCAGUUCGAGAAGACGGAGCUCUUCGUACGAUUCGUGCACCGUAACGGCGUCUUCCAUAAACCCAUCGGGACCAGGGUUAUUGAGCCGAACAAGUGGAAUCAGGUCGGUGCGACGUAUGACAACACGACAGGUGUAGCACAGCUCUGGCAUAACGGAAAAAUGGUCAAGAGUCGUAAUGUCGGUAUGAUUAAACUCGCGACACAGUACGACAUACGAAUCGGCGCACGAGAUGGCGACGACCGACGAUUCGCUGGCAAGAUCGCGUGUGUGCAGAUCUACAACAAAGCUCUCGACCAAUCACAGAUAGGGAAUCUAAAAACAUGCCCUGUGAAAGCUCCAUUAUCUCCUGGGGCUCCGUUGGACGACGCAGCUUCCGGUUCAGGUUCAGGAGCUUGGGAUGUGUCGGCGGAUUCUGACGACACUACCGCAGUAGCGCUGUCGCACGAGGCGGGAAAAUACGACAAAGACGAAGAAGCCGAUGACUUGAUUCAGGGAUCUGAAUUCACUGGGACCGGCAAGAAGUGUGACCCGAGCCCGUGCGAGAACAGCGGUAAAUGCAUCAAGGACGCAAAGAGACUGGACGGCUAUCGCUGCAAAUGUACUUCAGAUUUCACCGGGAGGAACUGUCAAGUUUCCAAGCCUGACGCCGAGAAUCCGAUAGUGAAGAGAACGAAGAUCCCUCGGGCAGAAAAAAAGUUAAGCAGUGAGAAGUACCAAGAGAUGAGUACUGGGUCAAGCUUGACCGAGAAACAGCGUGACGAGAAGAAAGAAGACGUUCUUCUACUCUUUCAAAAACUGGGGUGCUACCGUGACGAGGGAAAGCGUCACGACAUCCGGGCGAAGAUCAACGUUCAGUCGGUUACGCAAGAGAAUUGCGCCCGCGCAUGCGCGCUAGAGGAGAGAGGGUACUCUUACUUUGGGUUGCAGAACUCUGACCAGUGUUACUGCGGGCAUCAUUACGGCCGGUACGGCAAGGCUGACGAGGCCUCGUGUGACAAACCGUGCAAAGACAACGCCGAUGAGAACUGCGGAGGCAACGCCACCAACAUGGUGUACUUCUUCGGCAUGGGUACAAACUACACGGUCAAGGUCCACACCGGUAAUAAAGAAAACGCCGACACAAAUGCCAAGGUGUACGUGACCUUAUAUGGCGAGAAGGGAGACUCUGGAUUCAGAAAGUUGCAUGCUGGCAAAUUCGAAAAAGCCAAGGAUGUGAGUGAGACCAUGCUGCUACCAGAACUCGGUGAACUCAAGAAGAUCCGCAUUCUUCACGACAACUCGGGCGAGAACCCGAGCUGGUUUGUCGACAAUGUGACCGUGACGGACGAGAACGGCAAAGUGUACAGCUUCCCAUGUAACGAAUGGCUGAGCGAGACACAGGGUGGUGGCAAGACCGAGCGCCUUCUCCACCUCGGCACCACGACCCACUUAUAACUACCACUAGACUCACACAAGACGAAAUACGUCACGACUUACAUCACUAAAUCAAUCAACCAAUGAGAGACGUCCAUGACGAACACGAGACCACUUCCAAGAACAUUGCGAUCUAACGUAUUACUUUUUUCUAGGAAAAUAGACACACUUGUUGAUAGCAAAUUACUAUUAUGAUAGUUGAAAGUUGAAAGGGUAUGUUUAUUUAGCGAAGCAGGAAUUUAAGAGACGCUUAUGUUUUGCGUAUCAUAAUUGCUGUUUAUCCUCUGCAGAUUUUACCUUAACAGACAAACGGCCAAAACCCUUGCCUUGCUUACCUAAGAAUUCCAUCAAGAACGUCUCAAUUUCUAGAUGCAAUGAUUACCAAAAUUUAAACUCAAGUUUGACAUUCUUCAAGCCCUUUUGACGAUUUCCAUCAGCUAAUCUGCUAAAUUAGUUAUUGGACAGCACUAAAAUGGUUUCCAAUCACGCCAAUUCUCCGGAAGGCGCGGACAAAUCAAAUUUUAUCCAUUAAAAAAAAAAUGAAUUAUGUAACGAAAAAGCGUUUAAGCAAUUGGAGAUAUUGACGAGAAUUCAUAGUAAACAGUUAUCGUGUUCCAAACUUUUAACUAGAGUUGACUUAUCUCUAAACGGCGGACAUUUCCCUAAUUUGUCCAAUCACAAUUUGCAAAUCUUUAAUAUUUGCAUAAAUGCAAGCAGGCCAAACGCGCCUUUAAUCAUUUCCUUUUCAGUCUCUUUAUUCAAUGUAUGAUUCUGUCAAGCAUCGGCCAUUUGCACAUAAUUAUCAUAACUGUUUUUAUUAAUUUUUUAUUCAUUCUUACAUUGAUUUAUCGUGCGUUUUAUGAAAAGCUGCUUUCGGCAUGCUCAGUUUAAGUCGUUGCCACAUGCAUGGCUUGGACGUGAUAAACCAAAGUUCACUCAUUGCAUUGAAAAAAGCCAAGCUGACAGAGUAGAUCAAAUUCUACAUGAAUUUUCAUCUUCGUCUCUAUACUAGUUUUCGUAGAGAACUGGCUAUCCAGCGAUUAACUCAACGAUAUGAUUUAAUAUUUAUUAUUAUAAUAGACAGUGCGUCUAGUAUGGCGACCAAAUUUCAGUCGAUUUCGACAUCCGAAUUACCAUAAUGGUAUAAGCCUAUGUAUAUAAUGUACAUUGAAAUAUAAAAUAAAUACAUUGCUAAGUUU